GUUUGCAUUCAAUAAAUAGUUGACGUGGAAAGGACGAGCGUCUACUGUAGGAACAUGCUAGCUCGCCCGGCGGAAAACGGGAGCUAGCUCAUUCAGAUGGGAAGAUAUUUUUCUAGUACAUCCAUCUGCGGUAGCUGAAACAAGGAGGCGCUGUUGGUCCCAAUUUUGCAAUAUCUCAUUUUUGCAAUGGUCUUGCCUGCACUCAAGAAGCACCGUUAAUCAUCUAAGAUUCCAUCGCUGCUUGCGCUUUCUUGAGCGUUUCAGCACCGCAAGCAUGGCCGAAGAAUCCGACAUUGUUUUUAAGACCGACCAAGAUGGUGAUUUGGACAACCCCUUGAGGGCCAUUAUUGUGGUGAAUUCGCUGGAUGCGCCGGAGGGAGACAUGGAAGAAAGAAUGCUCGAUGGUGUGCAGACCUUUGAUGAGGUCGAUGCUUUUUUUGACAAGUUUGACGAAAAGGUGGCUUUUCCAAACGAGGAGCAUAUAAAAUAUGAGGUGGGCAGCGAUGGGCUCGUUGUUCUUGUCGUUGACUCGUUGGAGUUGAAGUCCAAAGUGAUUGAGUUCUUGGAUGAUUUUGUGAGGGCGAAGGACGAAACUAAGGGUGAGGACAUCCAGACCAACGAAGGCGAGGCUAGUGAGAGCAGCACCAAGAGAUCCAAGUCGUCGUAAUCUGUCCUCACAGAUCGGAUCUGUUUCAACUAGAGGUCCCAAAUUGCUCGAUUAUAACAUAGCAAAUAGCUGUCUCGAGCUGACUACGCGGGGUUUUGGCGGCACAUGAGGACACAAUGAAUUUUGGAAGGUCAAAAAACAUAAACCUUCAGCCACUUGCGCUCAU